AUGAUGGAGCGCUGCGAGAGCAGUGUGGCAGUAACCGUUCAGCCAAGCCCUUCGCUGGACAGUGCAGAGCUGGAGUUCGCCCAGGCUGCUCGCCGCGGACACCGCCUGGCUGUAGGCGCCUUUUACGGAUCACGGCGCUCUAAGGUCCAAACUCAGACAAGUCCCGAGGAGAGCGUGGAAGGCAUGGUGCCAGCCGGCAAGAAGCCGAAAAGUCAAAGUGGACCAUGUGGAGGAAAGUUCUUUAUUUUUUACAUGGACUUGUCCUUUGUUUUCCUAAUAGAGCUGGAGAAGCUGAGGAUGGCGCGCGGGUGCCUGUGCUGUGUCAAAUACAUGAUGUUUCUCUUUAACCUGCUGUUCUGGCUGUCAGGCUGUGGUUUGCUAGGAGUGGGCAUCUGGCUCUCUAUGUCUCAGGGGAGCUUUGCCACCUUCUCUCCUUCCUUUCCCUCACUCUCAGCUGCCAAUCUGGUCAUCAUUUUGGGCACCAUUGUCAUGGUGACCGGUUUUCUGGGCUGCAUGGGAGCCAUCAAGGAGAACAAGUGCCUGCUGUUGAGUUUCUUUAUUGUCCUGUUAAUGAUUUUGCUGGCAGAACUGAUUCUGCUCAUCCUGUUCUUUCUGUACACUGACAAGGUUAAUGAAAAUGCACAGCAGGAUCUUAAGGAGGGUCUACAGCUGUACAACACUGACAACAACAUCGGCCUGCGUAAUGCAUGGAACAUCAUACAGUCUGAGUGGCAGUGCUGUGGUGUGACUGGGCACACAGACUGGCUUGAUGCCCUGCCGGAUAAGACAGUGCCAGACCGAUGCUGUCAGGAGCAUUAUAAGGAGUGUGGGCGCAAUUCCAGUAAUGUCUUCUGGUCCAGGGGGUGCUACGAGAAGGUUGUGGACUGGCUUGAUGAUAACAAACACCUACUGGGCACCAUUGCUAUGUGUGUGCUGGUCAUACAGCUCCUCGGCAUGGCGUUUUCCAUGACCUUGUACCAGCAGAUUCACGGGGCAGGAAAGAAGUACAGUGCCUAAAUGAGAAGCCUUAAAGUACAUUGACUACAAUCCACAGUACCAGUAGCACAAUUAUCUAGCAUUCUACCAUCUGUUCCACCAUUUAUUCCAUUUCUGGGUACUAGCAGUUCUAAAAACAUUUGAUUGUGUCUAAAAUUCAGUUCAGAAUUUUAUUUUGUAUAUUGAAAACAUUUCCAAAAAUUGAAGAGUCAUUUUAGAAGCAAAUCAUUUACAAGGAGACUUGAUGCAAAAGACUGCCUAUAUGUAUAAUACUGUAACACAUUUCUUUUUACUAUCUCUUUCUUACACAAUCAUUUUUGCUCAUGUAGAGACUGUUGGGUGUUGAGAUGUUGGGUUAUACUUCUUGUAAGACUUGAGUACAUAUGUGCACACAACCAGUGUGAGCAUUGUUAUAUUUAUCAUCAGUGUUUCUUUCAUAUAUCACACACUACUGUACUAAACAGUAUAUCAAAUCAGUUUACCACCACACUGUGUUUCUAUUUUGACAUCCUGUAUUUUUUUGUUUGUUUUUGCAUUUUCCCCUUUUCUCCUAAUUUAGCAUAUUCAAUUCAUCUUCCGCUGCUAGAGACUGCGGUGGUGUCCGAGGAGGGUAUAUUAGCCGGCCUCACGCUUCCUCAGACGUGUGCACAAUCCACCGACCCACCGACUCUUUCUCUUAAGGGAAACACAAUCCAUGCCAGAAAAAUAAACAGUGGUAGCUCAAGAAGGUCAUUGGUUAGAGCCCCAUCACCACCUAGGCAAGGCCCUUAACCCCAAAAUACUUCCAUUGCAUUUGGUCAGAAUUGUAAGGCGUCUGGAUGAAAGCUUCUGCUAAAUCUACACUUUUCUCCACUCAUUUACUCAGGUAUUUGUUUAUUGUUACCUGUGUUCAGAAUAUAGUUUGGGAUGCAGCUACUGAAUGUCACCUGUAUGUGUAUGAGUGUACACUAUAUUGCCAAAAGUAUUUGGAUACAUGACCAUAAGCCUGUUGGAUAUCCCAUUUCUAAAACAAAUGUUAUUAAAAUAGACUGACCUCCAUGAAAUCUUUUAAUCUAGAACAACUGCCACUCCUCUGAGAAGGCAUCUCACAAGACUUUAAAUUAUGUCCUUGGGAAUUUGUGCCCAUUCAGUGAAAAAAGCAGUUGUCAAAAAAGGCUGGGCACUGAUGUUGGUCAAGAAAGCCUCUAUCGAUGUUUCAGUUUAAUAGAAAGCUGUUUAGUGGGGUUGAGGUCAGGGCUCUGUGCAGGCCACUGGAGGUUCUUUAAACCAAGAUUUUAUUCAUGUCUUUAUAGACCUUACUUUGUGCACAGGGGCACAUAAUAGAAUUGAUUUAUUACAGUUACAAUGUUAGCAAUUGUUGUAGCUGAAACAAAUUAAUUAGAAUUAGAAGGGGUGUCCCAAUACUUUUGUCCAUAUAGUUUAUGACUAAAGAAAAGCUAAGAGUUGGUUAAGGGCCGGUUGGCGACACUUGAAAGUUUUCUACCUUCUGGGAUGUAAAAGAAACCAGUCCCCUUCAUUGCAUUGCAAAUUAGACCGUGUUUAUGGUUGUAGCUAGUUUGCAUUUUCAGCCUGUAGAGGAGGCAUUAACUAGUACUUCACCAUUAAAAUGUGGUUAGUACUUAUAAAUAAAUACUUAAAUAAGCAAUGUAUGAAUGUUUCAAAUCUAAAAACACAUUUAACUCUGGCUGGAUAAACUUCUGAAAAAGAUUUACUACGUACUUAUCUAGAAAAUAUCAAAAGAUUAGCAAAUUCCACAUACAUUUGUGCAGGAGGUUUGUAAAAUGACGGCGUUUUGUAAGAAAUUUAAGUUAAUCAAUCACAUAUUAUAUCAUGUAAAACAGAGAAAAACGUUUGCUUUUACCAUUUACGUGUAUUGCACCAGGUAGACACUGCAGCUUUUUUAAAGGAACACAACAUGCCCUGAGCGAAUGCAAGGUACGAGCAGAUAUUUCACUGUUCAUUUGUGGCAGUUUUAUUAUGGACAACACAUACAAUCAGUAAAUCCAACAAACACAGGAUUCACACUCCAGCCAUGCUGCAUACACAGAUUUAAAAGCAAGUAUAACCUGGCUUAAGAGCAUGUAUUGUUGAAUUCUUAUGAUGAGCUAACUGUAUAGUUGGGCACUUGUUUAUCUGACAUGGUUAUCCUAUAAAUAUAAGAUGAAUAUAUUGCUUUUCUCAUUU